AUGAAUUCGCAAGAAUUCUGGCUAAAUCCAGCAGUACCUGAGGACAUGAAGUCUCGCCUGAAGAGCUCUUACGAUGCGAUGGCGGAUACUUACGCAGACAACUUCACGCAACCAGAUGAUCCAGUCCGACUUCAGUAUCUUGGCCUUCUGCUCUCUCACCUGAAGACCAAAGAAAACUACACAGCUUCUGUCCUCGAGCUUGGCUGUGGCGCUGGCAUACCCGCGACCAAGCGUCUCCUCGAAACUGAAGAACUUUUGAUACACGUCACAGGCAAUGAUCUUUCGACCGCUCAAUUGGAUCUUGCGCGUACACACCUGGCAGGAUACCAGGACCGCCUGACGCUGGUCGAGGGGGAUAUGAUGGCCUUGUCUUUCUCGGACCAUACCUUCGAUGCGGUCACAGGCUUCUACAGCAUCAUCCAUCUUCCUCGCGAGGAGCAGACUCAGCUUGUUCGCAAGAUUGCGCGGUGGCUGAAACCUGGCGGGUUCCUGUUGGCUAACUUUGCAGUAGAGGAGUCGGAAGGCAAUACCGCAGAGCGGUGGCUAGGUCAUGAAGAGGGCUGGAUGUAUUGGAGUGCGUGGGGCGAGGAAGGUAGUGUGAAGAUGUUCGAGGCCGCCGGAUUAGAGAUCCUGAUGAGAGAAACAAAGCAAGUUGAGGGCGACGCAAAUUUUGUUUGGGUCUUGGCGAAGAGAGACUCUGCUUGA